GCUGCAGAUCGACAGAACACGCGCUCUGGCAACGAUUAUGGCGUUGAGGACUGCCACUCGGAGGUUGGAGCGCCAGCAGCUUUCGAAGCUCCGUACAUCUCCUUCUUCUUGUUCAUCCCUCCUUCAUUCCCAUGCGACGAGCUUCGGCGAUAGGUUCGAGCUGUGAGGUCGGUGUUGAUCAGCGGAAUGCACACUUAGGGUUUCUCAAUUCAUAUAAAGUUAAUAACAACCGGAUUUAAAGAAGUUCGGGAGGAAGAAAAGAGUCAGAUGGUUAGCGACGUAUUCAGCAGUGUUGCUUCAAAUUAUGAUCUCAUGAAUGAUCUGAUGAGUGGUGGGCUGCAUAGGUUAUGGAAAGAUAGACUGGUUUCUAAGCUAAAUCCUUUUCCUGGAAUGAAGCAUCUUGAUGUGGCAGGGGGAACAGGGGAUGUUGCUUUCAGGAUUUUAGACAGUAUAAAUAGCACGAAGCGUAGAGUCCUGGAAGAUGCUCAGGAUGAUGAUUUACAUGAAGAAACACAGAUAUAUGUAUGUGACAUCAAUCCAAACAUGUUGAAUGUUGGUAAAAAGCGAGCCAUUGGAAGAGGUCUCAGAGAAAGUAAGUCCCUUGUGUGGGUGGAGGGAGAUGCAGAAGCAUUGAACUUUGAUGACAACUCAAUGGAUGGUUACACGAUUGCAUUUGGGAUAAGAAACGUGACACACGUAGAGAAAGUUCUUGCUGAAGCUUACAGGGUUCUGCGAAGAGGGGGCAGAUUCCUUUGCCUCGAACUGAGCCAUGUUGAUAUUCCCGGAUUUAAGGAACUGUAUGAUUAUUACUCGUUCUCUGUUAUUCCGGCCAUGGGUGAACUGGUCGCAGGUGAUCGUCAGUCGUACCAGUAUUUAGUUGAGAGUAUACGCCGCUUCCCCCCACAGGAGAAGUUCGCAUCCAUGAUUGCUGAUGCGGGAUUUCAGAAGGUCGAAUACGAGAAUCUUGUAGGGGGAGUAGUCGCCAUCCACUCGGGGUUAAAAUUUUGAAAGUACACAUGGAUUCUCUUCCCCGGAAGAUUUUGGGUCAAUUGUUUUUGGGGUAUCUUGUAACUGCCCCGUCGAAAUAAUCUGCUGGGACGAAAAAUUUGUAUUAUAGUUUCUCUUUCAUAGGUUAACACUCGGGGUAAGUUAAAAGUUCAAUUCUAUGUCUAGAGCAUAACUUGUAUACAGUUGAUGUUGUUUAUUUCGAAUAACUAAUGAAAGGCCCGCUGCAAAUUUGCAUA